AUGGAUGGCAUUGUGGGCACUGCGCCGCACGGCACCAUGUAUGUGCGAGCCUUAUACGACUACGACGCCGACGACAGAACCAGCCUCAGUUUUCACGAAGGCGAUGUCAUUCAGGUCAUCACUCAGCUGGAGAGUGGUUGGUGGGACGGUGUCAUCAAUGGCGUCCGCGGCUGGUUCCCAAGCAACUACUGCCAAAUCAUCGCCAGCCCAGAUGACCUCCCAGAACACGGCCACAACGGCCUCAUGGACCGCCUUGACGACGAGCCCGACGAACCCGAUGGCUUCGAUGAGAGCUUCGACCAAGACGACGAUUCCGAGGCAGAAGAUGCCUCAGCUUUGCUGCCGCAGGGCACCGACACCGGGGACAAAUCAAGAGCCGACUUCUGGAUUCCCCAGGCUACACCCGACGGUCGGCUCUUUUAUUAUAACAUGAUGACCGGCGAUAGGAGUAUGGAGCUGCCUCUGGAGUCACCCUCGUCUUCAGCCGAGACUGGCCCUGGAGAUCGGUCCAACGUUAACAUCCCAGACAAAACAAGACCACCACCCGAGAUGAUGGCGCGCGGGCUGACCCGAGAUGAGGACGAUGACUCGACAACCUCUGCCUCCGAAGCCGAAGGCGAGUCCCGAAUGUUUGCCUCCCGAGGUUUUUUGGGGAGAGAACGAGCCUCCACGAGCGGUGCCUUGUCACCUUCUACUUCCAUGGAUUCAAUAAAUGGCACAUCUCCUAACCGGCGGAAAAGAAACGACGGGCGCCACAACGGCAAACAAGGCCCUUCACAGCCUCCGAAUAUGGCCUCGGCCACUUCCUUUACGAGCACAACAUACAACCUGCCAACGACUGCAACUGUUCCGCGUUCCUUUUUCGACGACGGGUCUACACCCCCUUUGACGUGGAGCCUAUUAGUUUCCAACAUGAAACGUGCCAUCGACCGAUACCGCGAGGCAAUUACGAAAAAUCGCCGAUCAGAAUAUGUUGCUAGGGCUGAAGACAUCUCGGACCAUUUGCGACUGCUUCUCGCGGCCGGUUCCGGUACAACAGACAAUCACUCUGGCCAGCCGUCCAUUAUUUCUACCAACAAGGCGCUGUAUCCCCAUUUCCGAGACAUGAUGUCAAAGUUCUCAAAACUUGUUAUUUCGUCACAUAUUGCUGCGGCGGAUUGGCCAAACGCCGAGUCUGUACAAAAGUGCCUACAAGAAGCAGAUGGGGUUCUCCUUGGGGUCUUCAGUUAUGUUGAAGUAGCCCGACAACAACGCGGGGAAGAGAUACCCCGCCUAUUUCCUGGUUUCGUGAUUGGCAGCACCGUCGGAGGUGGCUGGCAGAACAAUGGUCUGGGGCCAAGAGAUCCCAUCACGGCCAAUUUUCUGGAGGAUGAAGAGGGCCUGGCAGAGCCGUCGGUAUUUUUGAACAGAAGAAUCCUCGAAAGAUUAGACGAACAGAAACGAAUCUUAGUGUCGAGCAUUCGCGAGCUUGACAAGAGCCUGAUCACACCCGAAAAGAUUAUAACGUCUCUCCGUCAUGAGAUUGUGGGGAAUAAUGUAUGCUCUGCAGGCGGCAAGGUUGUCGAAAUUUUCAAAAUGUGGAUCGCCAUGAUUGAGUCGAUUGAUCUUUCUCCGCUGGGAAACGGCUAUCAGUCCCCCCAGUUGGGUGAUUUUGGCAUCAACAAGCAAAGCUUGUACGACAAUAUCGCGGACUUGAUUCUUGGCUGUCAGGCGGUUGCUGGACCGUUGGCAGAUGAGUGGAACGAAGUGUGGGGCGAAUCUCUCGAAAACCGUCUGGAAUACGUGCGCCAGUGUGCUAGAACUUUGGAGGCGAAUUCAUCUCACAUUGUGUUCUCCUUGCAACUCCUUUCGGAGCAAGUUCAGGUAAACUCGCAGCUUCCACAGCACGCUGAAUCUCGUACGCGAGAACACUCUGGCUCGCGAACCAAGUUACAACGGGCUGAGGCCACGCCGUAUGAACGAUCGCAUCAGCGGUCGGAUUCGAGAUCUGCACUUAGCAGGCCACCCCUGAUAACGGCGCAACCCCUUGGUGAAGGUGACCCGGCGGCCAGCAACUUCAGAAAAGGAGACUAUUCCAAAGUCAAAAAGAUCUUUGGAGAGGAUCCUUCACCACAGGCCGGUAUGCAGGCUGGCGACGAUAUUCCCGACUUCUUACGGCUUGAUUAUGAAAAUGAUGUGUCAUGGGAUACCAAGACCGCGUCGCCUACGGUGAAGGGAGGUUCUCUCCUAGCGUUAGUUGAACAGCUCACCCGCCACGAUAAGUUAGACUCGAGUUUUAACAACACAUUUCUUCUUACCUAUCGGUCCUUUACCUCGGCGCGAGAGCUCUUCGAACUAUUAGUUGCACGGUUUGGCAUCCAGCCACCGGAUGGUCUCAGCCAAUCAGACUUCGAAUCCUGGCGUGACAGAAAGCAAAAGCUGAUUCGGUUUCGCGUCGUGAAUAUCCUCAAGAGCUGGUUUGACAAUUUUUGGAUGGAGGAGCACAACGAUGAGUCGAGGGCGUUGAUUCGCGACGUUUACACUUUUGCGAGAGACACCGUCAAAUCCACAGAAACCCCAGGUUCGGGUCCUUUGAUGGCUGUCCUGGACCAGCGGUUGAGUGGGAAAGAAGCCGGUGCUCGUCGAAUGAUUCAAACAUUGAAUCAAAGCACCCCAACACCCAUUAUUCCAAAAAAUAUGAAGAAAUUGAAGUUUCUGGAUGUUGACGUUACAGAGUUUGCUCGCCAGCUCACCAUUAUCGAGUCGAGGUUGUAUGGCAAGAUCAAGGCAGCAGAAUGCCUAAACAAGACCUGGCAAAAGAAAGUUGCGGAAGGGGAACCCGACCUCGCGCCCAACGUCAAGGCAUUGAUUCUCCAUUCCAAUCAAAUGACCAACUGGGUCGCGGAGAUGAUCCUUGCUCAGAUGGACGUGAAGAAACGAGUUGUUGUGAUCAAGCACUUCGUCGCCGUUGCCGAUAAAUGCCGGAGUCUAAACAACUUCUCUACGCUGACUUCCAUCAUCUCAGCCCUUGGAACGGCGCCGAUUGCUCGACUGAAGCGGACUUGGGAUCAAGUGCCCCAGCGAACACAAGGAGUCCUGGAAAAUAUGCGUCGAAUCAUGGCUAGUACCAAGAAUUUCGGCGAGUAUCGUGAGGCGCUUCAUGCAGCUAAUCCGCCGUGUAUCCCUUUCUUUGGUGUCUAUCUAACCGACCUCACUUUCAUUGAGGAUGGUAUUCCCUCCAUAAUCAAGAAGACGAACUUGAUCAACUUUGCAAAGCGCGCAAAGACUGCAGAAGUAAUCCGGGACAUUCAACAAUACCAAAAUGUGGGAUACUCUCUGCAGCCUGUCCCUGAGCUGCAAGAUUAUAUGUUGAGUAAUAUGCAAGCUGCUGGAGAUGUACAUGAGAUGUACGACAAGAGCUUGCAUGUAGAGCCAAGGGAGCGAGAAGACGAAAAGAUUGUGAGGUUUCGAGAAAAUUUGAUCAGUCUCGCCUACCAACCCAUUCUUCGCACAUCCUCCUGA